AAGAAAAAAAAAAGAAUAAAGGGUUUGGUAUGGCUGGUGGUCACACCAACUCUCUCUCUCUCUCUCUCUCUCUCUCUCUAUCCUCCCGCUUGCCUUUUAUUUUUACUUUAUUGCUGCAAUAAACACAUGCAUAAGGAUAUCCUGAAGGUUGUCAUAGUGGUGACGUUUAUCCACAAGCGGUUCACCAAUGCCUACAAAGCGACAAUUGGCGCGGAUUUCAUUACCAAGGAAGUUCGAACGGACGAUGGCAAAAAGGUCAUGUUGCAGAUAUGGGACACAGCAGGCCAAGAACGGUUCCAAUCUCUUGGAGUAGCAUACUAUCGUGGUGCGGAUGCUUGCAUACUUGUGUAUGAUGUGAAUAACUUUUUAUCGUUUCAACAUUUGGAGCGCUGGCGCGAAGACUUUCUAAAGCAAUCCUCUUUACCAGCUGAAGAAGCACAACAUUUUCCAAUGUUGAUUAUCGGUAACAAAAUCGAUAUCGACGAUCGAGUGGUUUCUCGCCGACAGGCCCGGGCUUGGGCAGAGCAACGUUCCAGUGAGCGGAUGAAGAUACCGUGCUUUGAAACGAGUGCCAAGGACGGUACCAACGUUGAAGAAGCUUUCACGCAUAUCACCAAGAUUGCCAAGGUCCCUCAGCUUGAAUUGGAUCUAAAUGGAGCUGGCGAUACCGUGACACUCUCCUCUGACACAAAGUCAACAAAACAUGCUCGACCUUGUUGCUGAAGCAAAUCCUUUUUUUUUCUUCCUACUCCUUCCGCACACUUAUCCACAUCCUACAACCAUCCUAUAAACCUCUAAAAUACCUUCUUUCAUCAUUCAUACCGAACGGUAGAUUGCGUAUAAACACUCUACUGCUUUUGUUUUGCGUAACUUCUUUAUUCUUUAACUUAGAUAGUGUAUAUGAUACAAACAUUUGACGCUUUUUUUUUAUGUACAGUACGAUUUGUCAAUACACUCGCUACCAUCCAAUCCUUAUUCUUUUGUGCCUUGCAAAUCAUUUAAUUCUGACCACAUAAAAGAAUGGCGAAAACGUGGUGUAUUUAUUUGCAUAGCGUAGCCCUAU